UAAAACAAUGUGCCCCGCAUAUAGUCACUAAAAAGUUCCAUGGAAAUCUACGACGUUGCUGUAAUCGGUGCUGGGAUUUCUGGCCUCGCAACAGCAAAGAAUGUUCUCGACGGUGGCCUCAGUGUCAUCGUACUGGAGCAAUCAGACCACGUGGGCGGUCUAUGGCAGUACCAGGAGAAAGGUUACGGUGUCAUGGACUUCACACACAUAAACGUCUCGAAGUACAACUACUGUUUCUCCGACUUUCCCUUCGCUGACGACGUUCCCGACUUCCCUCACCACAAAGACAUGGCGAAAUAUGUGAACUUGUAUGCAGACGCAAACGGUCUGCGCCAACACAUCGUCUUCCACAGGAAGGUCACCUCCCUCCUACGCAGUGACCAUUUGUGGACGAUUACUGCCGAACCAACCGACCAGUCAGGAAAAACGGAAACCUACAAAUGUCGCCACGUCGCCGUGGCAACCGGGCAUCACACCAAGCCUCGACGGCCACAAUUUGAAGGGCAAAAUACGUUUCCGGGCAGGAUAAUCCACAGUGUUGACUACAAGUCGGCUAGGAUUAAUGGAGUCGAUGGGAAGAGGCUGCUAGUAGUCGGAAUCGGCAACAGUGCGGUGGAUGUGGCUUCGGAUGCUGCUCUGUCGGGCUAUUGCAAUGUGACUGUGAGCACGCGUUCCGGGGUCUGGGUUCUUCCCAACUAUGUCUUCGGAAAUGCAAUCGAUCUCUACGCGUGCAGACUCGCGCUGUGGCUACCCUGGCAGUUCUUAAACUUCAUCACGGAGACGGUCAUUCGACUUGUCACCGGACACCCCAAAACGUGGGGUCUCAAUCCAAAGAUGAAGGCAAUGCAAGCGCAUCCGACAAUUAGUAACACACUAAUUCACUGCAUUCAACGUGGGUACGUUACAAUCAAGCCAAACGUCCUCAGGAUCAAUGGGAACAAGGUCAUAUUCACGGACGGUUCCACAACGCACAUUGACGACAUUGUGGUGUGUACCGGUUACAGCAUCGACCUACCGUUCCUCGGCGAACAGCUUCGAGCAGAAGCGGUCCAAGAGAGUACAAACGUACUCCAGCUCUAUAAAAACGUGUUUCAUCCAGACACCGGUCACUCACUGGCGUUCAUAGGUUUUGUUCAACCUUCCACCGGCGGCAUCCUCGCCGUCUCCGAGACGCAGGCGCGAUGGUUCGUCGAACUUUGCAAGGGCAACGCGCACUUGCCAUUCAGAGAUACAAUGAAGUGCGAGAUUCGUCAGGAUAGAGCGAAAAUGGAAAAACGGUAUCGUACCUCAGCGCGGCACACACUUCAAUGUGACCCUCUUAUUUACAACGACGAGGUGGCGUCCUGUUUUGGUGCCAAACCGUCUUUAUGGCGACAUCCCAACCUCGCUUGGCGAUUGCUUUUGGGAAGCGGUGGAGCGGCCCAGUGGAGACUGCAAGGACCAGGAAAAUGGGACAAAGCGAGAGAGUCGGUGCGAAAUGUACCGGUGACUGGACUCAUGACAUACCCGGUAGUAGUGACCGUUUUUGCCGUCCUCUUUUCUCUAGUCUAUACGUUAGUAUGUCUACUAGCGUGAAGUCUUUACGCUUAAUUAAUGUUUUCUAAUGUAGUUUACAACCAA